AUGGCAUCUUUUACAGCCCUCAAUGGGGGCUCGCCCCGGACUUCAGAUCCGCCUGCUGUAACCAUCGAAAAAAUCUCGUCUAUAGAGGAACGCGCACACAACGCAACCGCGUCUCAACCUCCGCCCACACCGGAAUUGUCAUCAACCCAGGCCCCAGUUCAAAGUGCGGAAAGGCCAUCUUUCCAAUCACCUGGCUAUCCCGACGUAGAAGGCUCUCAUAAGAGAAAGCGGUCUGAUUCUGUCGAGAUACGGCGAGAACAGGUUGUACAUGCAAAUACGCCGGAUUCCGCCCACCCGCAUCACGAACCCCGUGAGGUUUACGAGACACCAUCAAGAGAUUACCGUCCAUAUGGCGACGAGCAUCGAGACAGGGAUUCUUGGUAUUCACAUCAAGCACGCGAUGAGCGUAGCUAUGACUCUCAACAAAAUUCUGCCACCACCCCCCAUGGUCAAACAGAAGAGCAAAUUGGCGAUGCACUUCGCAGAGCUACCGGCCAGUUCGACCAUGGCGACUACUCCAAUGCCAGCCCAGAUGCUGACGAUCAUUCCAUUAUAUAUGGAGGCCAGUACACAUCUGAUCAGAGACGUGAUGGACUUCUGCAGCACGAUUCUAAGAAACGAAAGAGGAAUUUCAGCAACCGUACCAAGACAGGGUGCCUUACUUGCCGCAAGCGUAAGAAGAAAUGCGAUGAGCAGAAGCCCGAGUGUGGAAACUGUCUUCGUGGUAGCUUUGUCUGUGCGGGCUAUCCUCCUCAACGUGGACCAGGAUGGCAGAAGCCUGAUAACAAAUCCGCAGCAGUUCCUCUCGAAUCCAAGGACCCGACAUAUGUUCCGCCAGGAGCAUACGGAAUGCCUCAGCAAAGUCCGUAUGGAAACCAGCCGGUGAAGCGUGAACCCCUGCCACCCUACCGAGGCCAGGCCCUUCGAAUAGACCCCCCACAAGGCCGCCCUCUGGUGACCGAUGACGACCGGCCAACAGCAUCAACAUUGCCCAGCGCGUCUGUUGCGAGCCCAGAAAAUAAACUCUCUGCCUUGCCCUAUACUCCCGCCAACGUAUUCCCAACUCCCGUCAGCGCAAAUCCUCAACCACCACCACCACCAUUUGGAGAAAGAAUGGCUAAAGAAUAUCAACGCGUGCCUCCGUUGCAUGACCUGAGCAGAACAGAACCAGACUCUACUCACCUUGGGAACCAGCUUCCGCAGAUCAACAUUCUGCAUCCAACACGGACCAAUAGCCCUGCUCCCCCUCCACCCGCGCCGACAUCCAACGCCCAAGUAGCUGCUCAAUUGGCACUGUCCCAUUCGCAGUUUCCGAGACGGACCCAAAAGGAGGAGAUGCUGUCAGGGCGCCAUUUCUACCCUUUCGACAAGGAGCUCUGUCUGGAACGUGAGCGUUGCUCCGCCGCUUGCUGGAGAUUCAACAACCUCAACGGUAUAUCUCCCGAGGAGCGUGCUCGUUUGUUCCUUGAGAUUUUGCAGCCCCGCGACCCUGUUCGAGUUUCCCCUACUGAAGCCUCUCCAAUCACCAACGUGGGCCGCGUGGGAAGAAAUGUCGCUGUUGAGACACCUUUUGUUUGCGAUUAUGGCUACAAUAUCACCAUUGGUCAUCAUGUUGCCAUUGGGCGCAACUGUACAAUCAACGACGUGUGUGAAGUAAAGGUCGGCGAUAACUGCGUGAUUGGACCAAACGUCAGUAUCUUCACGGCAGGGCUACCUGUCAACCCUAAGAAACGCCAGGGAAGUCAAGGUCCUCAGGUAGGCAAACCGAUCACCAUUGAACAGGACUGCUGGAUUGGUGGAGGUGCCAUAAUCCUUCCCGGAAGGACAAUUGGCAAGGGUAGCACUGUCGGUGCUGGAUCGAUUGUCACCAAGGAUGUCCCCCCUUUUACGAUUGUAGCUGGAAACCCCGCAAGAGUCUUACGUGGCAUCGCCUCUUAA